AUGGGCGUCAAACUGAGACUCCCGAGGACCUUCAGGUCUUUGGUGGUCAGCGACGAAGGCCAGAAUAGUAGAUGGGCUAAUGCGGAUGUCCUUCCUGUACCGAAGCACGAGAUUACCUAUGAUUGGAAGGCGUACGCUGGAUACUGGCUUGCCGUUGGUUUCAACACGACCACUUGGUCGCUUGGUUCUAGCAACCUCGCAAAUGGCCUUGAUGCCGGUGCGACCAUUGGUGCCAUCGCUGUGGGCGUCGUUCUAGCUGCGUUUGUUGCGUACGUCAGCGGUGAACCCGGGAUCAGAUACCAUCUUGGAUUCCCAAUGAUCAGUCGCUCGACUUUUGGGAUGUACGGAUCGUAUUUUGUGAUCAUGGUCAAGUGUUUUGUCAACUUCAUCUUCUUUGGCAUCCAGAGCUAUUGGGGAGGACUGGCAGCGAAUAUUGUCCUCUCUUCGAUAUUCCCUAGCUUUCAGAACCUGGAAAAUACAAUUCCUGUAUCGUCUGCUAUUACCACAAAGCAAUUGAUCGGCUUCAUCAUUUACAUUGUGAUCUUCACGUCAAUGAUGUUUAUACACCCUUCGAAACUCUCACGUGUUGUUUGGGUAUCACAAGCUUACGUGACAAUCACUAUGGUGUCUUUGUUCAUCUGGGCCAUGUCCCACAACAACGGGGCGUCGUUCCUGGGGCCCUCCAAGACGAUUACAUCGAGGCAAGCACCUCCGACUGAGCGGUCUUUCCGGAUCCUGCAAGCCAUCAGUGCUGUGACUGGGUCCUGGACAGGUGCCUGCAUCAGACAAGCCGACUGGACCCGAUACACGAAGACGCGGAGCGCGGUCGUCGCUAACCAACUCAUCACCGGGCCGAUCGCCGGAAUCGUAUGCGCGACGCUGGGAAUUGCGGUUACGAGUGCCAUAGCGAACAUGUACCCAGGCUCACUGAAGGGCACGACUUCGGUAGUCUGGAACCCGAUCUCCUUGUUGAGCUAUCUCCAAACUCAAGACUACAGUGCUACAACCAGAGCCGGAACAUUUUUCGCAGGCAUGGGCUUCUUUGCCAGCCAAAUCACCAUCAACCUAGUUCAGAACUCAGUGGCCUGUGGAAUGGACCUGGCCUCCAUGGCACCGAAAUAUAUCGACGUCACACGAGGGUCUUUGAUCAUGUGUCUAGUCGGGUAUCUCAUCCAGCCCUGGAGAUUUGUCAACCAGCCCGGUCUAUUCAUCAGCGUCUUGAACUCGUUUGGAAUGUUUGUGGCCCCACUCGCUGGAAUCAACGCUGUCGAUUUUUGGGUCGUUCGCAAGUUGAAAUGGAAGAUUCCUGAUCUCUUCAAAGGAAAGGAUGAUAACAUAUAUUGGUACACAGCUGGCUUGAACUGGCGAGCUUUCGCGAGUUGGAGUCUCACAAUCUGGGCCUCGUUCCCUGGGUUCGUUGCUGCAAUGAAUGGCAAGGAUUAUGGUAUUGGCUGGACAAGGACUUUCCAGGUAACGUGGAUUGUAGGCUUUUGCGGCUCGGGGGUUCUCUAUUACCUGAUUUGCCUUGUCUCUCCACCGCCCGGCGCCCCGUAUAUUCUGCAAUAUCUUGACGAGGAUCCGGAGCCCGCAAUUGAGGGGCAAUCUGUGUCGGAAGAAGGCGCUAUACAGAAACAUGUGGUGUCAAGCGGUGCCACAGAUCUGAAGGCUGAGCAGUGA